ACAGGACAAAAGUAGACGAGGCAGGUGAGUGUAGGUUCUGGUGUUUAAAAGCUUCCUUCUCAGUGGCAGAGGCACACUGAGGUCUGCUCAGUUGAACGAAGCCAGAGGCACAGCGAACCACUGCCUGAUGGAGUCUCCAACUGUCACACCUAUGCUAUAGGACAUGUUAUAAAGGCCAUCACUGUGUGAAAUCUUAAUCUACAGGUUGCCACCACUAAAGGCUUCUUCAAAGACUUCUCUGGGAGACUGCAGGGGAGGACAGGUCCCAAAGGAUAAGAGUCACGGCCAUGGUGCCCUCGGUGGUGUUCUGGGGACUUAUUGCUCUCAUUGGCACUGCAAGAGGCACAUACACUCACUCCAUGAACUUUCAUGUGCACCCUCGUCUGUACCAUGGCUGCUACGGAGACAUCAUGACCAUGGAGACUUUUGGGGCCCCCUGCGACAUAAACAAUCUGAUGAACUGUGGGAUCCACGGUUCGGAAAUGUUUGCCGAGAUGGAUUUGAAAGCCAUAAAGCCUUACCGGAUCCUCAUCAAAGAAGUGGGGCAGAGACACUGCGUUGACCCAGCCCUUAUCGCUGCCAUCAUCUCCAGGGAAAGCCACGGCGGGGCUGUCCUACAGAAUGGCUGGGACCAUAAGGGGCAGAGGUUUGGCUUGAUGCAGCUUGAUAAAAAUAUGUACCAUCCUAUUGGUUCCUGGGACAGUAGGGAACACCUUCUUCAGUCUGUUGGGAUUCUAACAGAAAGAAUUAAGGCAAUCAAGAGGAAAUUUCCCACCUGGAAUGCAGCUCUGCACCUGAAAGGUGGUCUGACUGCUUUUAAGUUGGGGAUGGAAACUAUUGUCACUCCUGCAGACAUAGAAGGUGACUUAGUGGAUGACAUCCUUGCCCGGGCCAAAUUCUAUAAGAGACAUGGCUUCUAGGUAGAGCGAGUUACGUGGGUGAAGUACUCAGCUGGUCCCUCUUUCAAGGUUUAUUAUUAGCCCAUUGCAUUCAAUAGGAGCAAAGAAAUGGUUACAAUUAUAAAAGAAAGUUCAUCUUCAAAAUUUUCAAUCAAAGUAAGCUAAAGAAAGGAAGGAAAGAAGAAAGGAAGAGAGGUGAAGAUGUACAACUGUUUAGUUGCUUGAGUUCUUGCCUAGCACCUGCAAGGCCCCAAGUCCCAUCUUUAUCACAAAGAAAAAAACCUAGCUUCAUGGUUCCUAGGAAACCUACAUAGACAAAGACAGAUAAUUUCUUUGUGGUCGGUAUGAAUACCAUAGCACUCAGCAUGUGCAUGGUCUAGCUGGGCUUCAUUUUAGCCCGUGAUUUUAACAAUCACCUAUACUCUACCAGAAUUACUAAUCAGAAGUGAGCCUUUGUCCCUUUCGCAGUAUCUACCCCAGUUGCUAGGACUCGGCUCAUGAGAUGUGUCUGUCUCAGAAGCCAGGAAUCAUGGAUUUGGAGACAAGGUCUCGCAAACUUGUAGAAAUUGUAGAAACUCCUCAAACUUGUAGAAAUUCUCCUGCCUCAGCUUCCCAAAUUCUGAUAUUACAAGUAUGGGCCCAUACCUGUUGUGUAGUCAAUUCUUAGGAUUUGAUGAGGCCCCAGCUUUACCAGCUGUUAAAUAUUGUUCUUGUUCCUGCAUGUGUGGAGACUGAGAUGUUCUUCAGAUGACCAUGCUGCUCAGGGAUAAUUAAUUUUGGAUUUUCCCCUGGAAGCAUUAAUUUCACCAACACUAGCCCUUUUGAUGUCACUAUUGUAAAGAUAACUAAGGUGUAGGCCAGGCAUCUCCAAACAGGAAACAAUUACUGGCUUACUCCGUGAAUCUGUUUCCUCAGGGUUCUUGUUCUGCCUGGCACACAGAAAUGUCCUUCCUAUAGGAGGACAGAGUAAAGAUGUCUUAGUUUGGCUCCCUCUAAACUAGACCUGUGACAAGAAUGUGGGUGCAAGUAGUUAUGGGGGCACAGAAAACACUGUUAUAAAGUGGUUCUGUGACAUGGAAUUAGAGAAUAGCAAAGCAUGUGUCAUCAAGCCACUACCCUAAUUGGCAAUGGGACGGACUCAGCCUUGCAGGAAAGCAUUGAGCAUUUACCACAGAUCUACCUGUGCAGGUGCAAUCUGCACAGCCCCUCUGAAAGCCACUGGUUGAGGUACCUUCCUGUUGGGAGAGGGUGUUGGUUUCUUGCUAGUCUGAUGUGCUAAACAAGCACAAAUGUGGAACCCUUGUCUACAUUUCCAAGAGUGAGAAGCUAGGAGUACAAACAGGAAGACUGAGUAAGAAUUCUGAGAAGUCCAGGGGCAGGGGAGGAGGGAGGAAGCAUCGCUCCAGAGCUUCCUGUUUCCAUCCCGACUGAACAACAUGUUACAAAUAAUCUUGAAAUACACAAGCCUAUUAUGCCUCCCGGUUCAUGUGCCAGGCUUCUGCAGAAUCUAUCAGAAUGGCCAAUUGGACCCAAUAGAACUAUCUCUGUCUCCGUCCUCCUUCCACCAGUAGUAGCUCAACAGCCAACUCCCAGGAAUCUACUGAGAACAAUGCCUAAGACGUUAACCCAAAUGUCCAUUAAAUUGUCUUGUGUCU